AAAGAUUUGACGACCAUCAAAUCAUUGUUUGCGCUCAUAAGGCAGCAACGCCUGACGCCCACCCUGCAGACAUACGCAGGUUGCCUGGAAUGUAUCGGUCGCAUGACUGACCCAGAUAUACAGACAUGUAAGAAGAUGCUUAUAGAUAUCAAUAAAAAGGGUCUGGAGUUGAAGGAGAUAGCCAACACCUGCAGUUUUGAAUCGGAUGAGUGGGAUCAUGUGUUGAAGGCUAUAAGACUGGUCGAUGCAGAUUUUGUUCCCAACCCACCCCGGCUGGUAACGGAGUAUGACAACCCACUUCUGAUGGGUCUGAAUAAACCACGUGAGCAGUUGAUCGAGAAGAACCAGUAUGCCUUGGACAUGAGUGUGGAGGAGUUGCACGCCAGAGCUAAAGCUCAGCUGGAAAUGGAGACAAAGGGCGAAGUGACAGUCAAAUCUAUCUGUGCUUCAUCAAAGCUGGGAAGUCGUGAUAACAGACUGAGAGACAUGCGUAACCGGCUGCUACAUGAGUGGAGACAAGCCCUGCUCAAAUCCUUUCAGCGUAAACUGGAGACAUAUAAAAAGACAGCACAAGAUAAUGUCAACAUGACCCUGUACCCUUACCUGAAGCUGUUCCCACCUGAGGAGUACAUCAGCAUCAUCUUCAAGUUCUUAACAGAAAUGAUGUCAUCAUCGGAUAGCUACAGUCCCACUCAGGCGAUGGUGCAAGUGUCGCUAGGGCGGGCGGUCAAUCGCAAGUAUAAUACAGAAUCCAAAACUGCAGCUGGGAUGGGAGAAAAGAUGUUGAAGCUACACGAACUUUACAUGGACAAGUUUCAGUGUAAGGACUAUGACCUUGACAACCACAGGCUGAUGUGGAUAAGGGCCAUGCACCAAAGUUAUGACACCGUCAAUAUGGACAUGUCUAUACGAAGAUGGCCAGCUCAUGUCCAGAGACAGAUUGGCAAGUUUCUCCUGGAAUUGAUUCUUUAUAACCUCAAGGUCAAUGCAAAUCUCUUUCGGCCGAAAUCAUUUCAAAGAACUGUCCCAGCUUUUUGCUCCAUAUUUAGACCAGAUGUUACCCUUGUAAAAAAUGCAGAGAUUAAGAUGCAUCCGGUUGUGACAAAACUGUUUAACUGUGAGAACAGCGAGUCUUUCACCUUUGACCCCAGCAUUGUGCCAAUGGUUGUCCCUCCUGUGCCAUGGAUAUCCAAGAAUAUGGGGGGACUCUUCCUGGGAUCUCAUGCCCUGGUGCGUGUGGGGGCCGAUAUGUGCCAUGUGGAUGUGCUCAAGACAAAGACAGACUACCAGUAUCCAGCAGUCUUGGAUAGCCUCAACACACUGAGCUCAUGUGCUUGGACGAUCAAUCAGCCGAUUCUGGACCUUCAGAUAGAAAUCUUCAACAACAAAGGUGAUGCCAGGCUCAAAGUGGCACCUCCAGCACCAGAGCUUCCUCCAUUGCCAGGGAUUACACAGGAGAUGACCAGUAAAGACAAGGCCAUGUUGUACAGAGAGAGGCUGCAGCUGCAGCAGCAGAGACAAGACAUGCAUGGCUUAUGGUGUACAGACCUCUACCGGCUCUCCAUCGCCAACAAGUUCCGAGACGAAGUGUUUUGGUUUCCUCAUUCUAUGGAUUUUAGAGGUCGGACAUAUCCACUUCCCCCACACUUCAACCACUUAGGAAGUGACAAUGUCCGAGGUAUGCUUCUGUUUGCUAAAGGCAAAAGACUGGGCAAGGAAGGCUACGACUGGCUGAAGAUCCAUUUGGUGAACCUGACCGGCUUAAAGAAAAG